UCCGUCGCUCUCAUUAUCUCUGUGUGUGUUAUACUGUUAUAAAUGUAUGUGAGAGAGUGUGUGUGAUCGUUGCUUGAAGAAGAUUCCUGUAACAAUGAGUAGAUCAGGAGGCGUCGUUUGGCUGAAGACGGUGGUUCUGCUGGCGGUGGCGGUGGCGGCAGCGAUGUUAACAUCCGUGAGCUGUAGAAGUACGGUGUGUCAUCUGAUCGGCGGGAAGGAAUUGUGGAAACCGAAUCAUAACUACACUGAUUGGUCUCUUCAACAGACGUUCUACGUCGGCGACUGGCUCCAUUUCGUAUACAACAAGGAGAUGUUCACGGUGUUGGAGGUGAAUGAAACGAGCUACGAAAACUGUUCAGAUGAAGGAAUCAUCUUCAACUUCACCGGAGGUUUUGGAAGCGACGUGAUUAAGCUCACUCAACCAAAGACAUACUACUUCAUUGCAAAUGGAGGUUACUGCUACAAUAAUGACAUGAAAGUGGCUGUUAACGUGGUUGAAUCUGUUUAUGUUUAUCAACCUCCGAUGAUGAUGAUGAUGAUGUAUCUUCUUCCAUUGCAAGUGAUGUGUGUAUUGCUUCUUCUCACAAGAAAUCGUCAAUGAAGAAUUCAACAGUUUCAGUCAUUCUGCAUCAAACGAACGAACAUGAAUGGUUAUGAUCUGCAUCGAGUGAAGGGAGAUGGUGGGUUCUGGUCUUCUUGAGGUAUAUGUGGGUUUCGAGCACACCAGGCAACUCACCAGGUGGAGAUCGGUCUUCAUCCCUUGAAUCGAUCUAGGUAGUAUUCGGUAAACAGGUAGUCCACCCUCAAAAUCAAUUCUUGAAAGCAUUUGUCAGCAUCGUUUUCCAUGGUGGGUCUGUUUCUUGGAUUGUGUUUCAAAAAAUGGAAAUGGAAGCGAAGUGAUAGAUGAGAUAAGGCUGAGCAGAAACAUAAACGGGUGGUGAAGAACAGUUGGUGAAGAUGGUAGUUGAGGAGGAAGAUAGAUGCCCAGUGCAGGGCGCCGAUUGAAUCAAUGUACGGCUAAUGUUCUAUAUUUAUCUUUGCU